CCGCAGCAGCAGGUUGUUAUUUUGGGGGUUCGGCGGCGUGAGUUUUGCUUUCCUGUCCCCGCAAGCCGGGCCGCCCGCUGCUUCCCGCCUCUGCAGCCUGCGAGUCAAGAGAGAAGGGCGGGCUUGCCCCGGGGCUGGGGUCCGGCCCUGACCGCGGUGCCCGCCGAGCUGCCCCGCUCCAUCGCUGGCCGCCGCACAGGAGGAUUCCGGGAAACGUCCGCGGCCAUGAGCCCGCGGGACUGAGAGCCAGCGACUCGGAGCAGCGCGGGCAACGGGAGCGAAGGGCCAGCCCGGGCUCAGGGAGUGCGGCCGGCGGAGCUGCGUAUCGGGGAAGGGCGAUGAUCCGGGGUGUGGAAGUGCCGAUGGCGGACCACCCGCCGCCGCCGCCGCCCGUCAUCUUCUGCCACGACUCCCCGAAGCGGGUGCUGGUGUCGGUCAUCAGGACGACCCCGAUCAAGGCCACGUGCGGCGGCGGAGGGGAGCCGGAGCCGCCGCCGCCGCUCAUCCCCACCAGCCCCGGCUUCAGCGACUUCAUGGUGUACCCGUGGCGCUGGGGCGAGAACGCGCACAACGUGACGCUCAGCCCGGGGGCCGCGGGGGGCGCCGCCUCGGCCGCCCAGCCCGCCGCCGCCACCCAGCGCCCGGGGCUCCGCGGCCGGGGCGCGCCCCAUCCCGCCGCCUCGGGGGGCGAGGAAGAGGAGGAAGCGAGCAGCCCGGACAGCAGCCACCUCAAGCAGGAUGGAAUCCGGCGUGGAAGACCCAGAGCAGAUACUGUCCGGGAUUUAAUAAAUGAAGGAGAGCAUUCGUCCAGCAGAAUUCGUUGUAACAUCUGUAAUAGAGUGUUUCCACGGGAGAAAUCGCUCCAGGCUCACAAAAGGACUCAUACAGGUGAGAGACCCUACCUGUGUGACUAUCCAGACUGUGGCAAAGCCUUUGUUCAAAGCGGACAGCUCAAAACGCAUCAGCGCCUUCACACGGGAGAGAAGCCUUUUGUGUGUUCAGAAAAUGGCUGCCUGAGCAGAUUCACCCACGCGAACCGUCACUGUCCCAAGCACCCUUACGCCAGGCUGAAGCGGGAGGAGCCCACGGAUGCUCUCAGCAAGCACCAGGCUGUGGACAACCAGGCUGCUGCCGAGUGGUUGGCAAAGUAUUGGGAAACGAAAGAGCAGCGCACCCCCACCUUGAAAGGAAAGCUCGCGCAGAAGGCGGACCAGGAGCAGCAGGACCCUCUGGAAUACCUGCAGUCGGACGAGGAGGACGACGAGAAGAGGGGGGCCCAGCGGCGGCUGCAGGAGCAGCGCGAGCGCCUGCACGGAGCCCUCGCUCUCAUCGAGCUCGCCAACCUGACCGGCGCGCCGCUCCGCCAGUAGCCUGCACACUGACUCCCACUGUACAAAGUACUGCCCAGCAUACUUCAGAAGUAGAUCCUGGGGCAUAAGCUAAGCACCUUAUUUGCUUACCAUAGGCUGCUAUUCUGUAGAAAUUGAUGAAGAAUGUCAUUGCCCCAACAUAUGGGGUGAGAGAGAAUUGCACUUUUUUUUAUAUGGUAAUGGAUUGUUGUAAAGUUUAAAAUAUUUUGUAAAUAUGGGACUUCUAGUACAGGGUAGGAAACUACGUAUUGUGGGAAGCUAGAUUUUGCAAGUUUAAUGCAUUCAUUGGAAGCAGUUUUCACAGGAAGCACUUUCUGAAUAAGACACUUUUAGGGGAAAAAAAUAACAAAAACAGAAUGGGACAUGUAGCCAAAGAAGGUUAGGAGAGAUUAUUUAUAAGAACAUUUUUAACAAUGUGUACUAGUACGUUUAACAAUACUGUCAACACUGAAAUAAGCGAGAAAGUGUAAGGUGUGUAAGAUGUUUUUAAAUUGCAAAAUAGUGUGACUAAUAAGACUAGAGAAAUGGAAAUCUGCCUAUUUCAGAAGAUGUCUUAAGUUACGGAUUAGAUAUUUGAGGAUCUUGGUAAGAUGCAUAAUAGUUCAGAAUUUUUAAAAUUGGAGUAAAAUUGGUCUUAUUCUAUCUUUCUGAGGCUUUACAACUUACUAUGAUGUUUAGUUUUGAAAAGCACUUGUUAUCCCUCUCUUAACUUGGGAACUUUUGCACAUUUCAUAUUUCUCAUUUGCUGAAAUUGAGUGGUUAAUCUUGCAAAGUCUAGGUAACCUGGUAAUUUUUUUUUUUUUUUAAUAUGGGCCCUGUACUAAGAUUUGGCACUUGGAUUUUUAUUAAUAAAAGGGACAUCUACAGGGUUGUUUUGUAGUGAACUGUUUUAGAUCUUUUGUUAGCAAACACUAAAUUUCAAUUGUACUGCUUGUUUAGAAUUAUUAGCAAAUGAAAGCCUCCUAUUUAUAUUUUCAGUGCAUAAAGCCACCUUCUUGCUUUUCAGAAUAACAUGCCAAGCUAUUUUGUGCUCACUAAAUUCAACUAUCAGUUAAACACUGCAGAAAAGAUUAGCUACUCAAAUAAAUAGCCUUCUGGGAUAGUUUUAACUGCAUGUGUGUUAACUUAUAGGGUGGUUUUAAACCAUUUUUCCAAAUAGAUGACAUUUUUAAACACCACUUUAUGUACUGAAGCAUGAACAGAAAAAUCAAGAGCUGAGCGGUUCACCUCCUUUAUGUAGGUAUAAACCUCGAUCAUUUUAGCUUUUGUUUUAAGCAGAAACUAAGUAACAUGCACAACAGAAAUGUUUAUGUUUCUGAAUUGGAGUAAACCUCAGAAUAAUAGAAGGAAACUUGGGCUCUUCCGCGCCUUUUACUUCGUUUUUGAAUUGAAGUAGUAGCCGACAGGUAGGGUUUAAACAUUAUCUAAAAUACAUGCUUCUUUCUCCCCAAAUCCCAGUGUGUUGCAGUCACAGUUUCACAUAUGUAGCUGUGGGGAAGGGGAGGGAUGAAAUGCCUUGAAAAGGAGCAAAAGUGUGAAAGAUGGUAACAAAUAAUGUAUAUGAUGAGGACAUACUUUACAAAUGUAAUCCUCAGUACAGUAAAUUACAGAUCUUGAAGGAUUUUUUUAAUAAGAAAAUUUAUAUUUGUAAUGGUCUAAGAAUUUUGCUUGUAAUCUGAUAUAUAGAAUUUUAACUUGGAGCACUUAUAGGCACAGUAAAAGAGACUAGCAUUGAAUUUUCUUGGUUUAGCUGUCAACAUUUUUCUCUAGAUUUUUUCUCUCAAGUAUGAUUUAAAUGAACUAUAAAAAGCAACACUUAUCAGUCUUGGGAAAUUUAAAAUUUGAUGAAAUUACAUAAAGAAGGAAGAUGUUAAGAAUUUAAAAAAUACAAAUACUUGCCAAUUCAAAAAUAAUACAAUUUAAGGCCUUCAAAGGUAAGAGUUUUUGUUUCUCUGGUCAGCUUUUGUCAGCUACAAUAGUUAUAUUCACAAACAUUCUUUAUUUGUGUAAUUGAAAGUUUCAGAAAUUAUUACAACUAUUUACUAUAGAAAUAUUUAAAAUAUAAUACUUCAAAAGUAGAUUCUUGGGCAUAAGCUAAGGAUUUUUUUGAUAUAAGCUAUAUACUUGGACAAAAUACAUUAGCAUUUAAAAUCUGAGGUGUGUUAGGACUGCUUUUUGUUUUAAAAAUGUGGUUUACAUUCAAAUUUUUGAAGUGUUUUAUGCUUCAUAUGGCUAAGUUGUAGUUUGGCAGAAUUAACAGCAUAAGAAAUAAACAUGCUGUAAUUUGAAAAGAUGCUUUGAAUAAAAUUUUAAUUUACAU